UUCCAGCUAGAUCGACUGCAGGAUAAAUCGUAUGCCUCUGCUCCGUCUCCGCUCUCUUUCUGUCUCUCAUGUCAAUGGCUGCCGUGCUGAGAACGCCGUCGCUAUUCGUCUACUCACCGGCGGCGGCGACCCGCGCGGCUAAUGCGCAGGCACCGAGGAGUCUUCUGUACCCUUUGUCGAGGCAGAAGCCGUCGUGUGCUUUGAAGCCAAAGCAGGCCUCUGCCGUUGAAUCCCCUCUCCGCUUCCCUAGGUUUCGGCUCUUUACCGCGUACGGGGACCUCACGGAGGCGGAACAAAAGGAUGAAACUCCGGAAAAAGAGCAUUCCGGUGAAGAAGUUUCUUCAGGUGAUGAAACAACUGAUGCUGAAAUAAAUGGCGCAGAAGAGACAGUUGUUUCGACUGUAAUGUUGUCUCUGCAGGCAUACAAAGAUGCUUUGGCUAAUAGAGAUCAAUCUAAAGUUGCUGAAAUAGAGUCCAUUCUUCUGUCAAUCGAAGCUGAGAGGAACACUCUUUCAUCUAAAGUUGCUUCUCUAUUGGAAGAAUUGUCAACAGAAAAGGACCGAGUUAUUCGGAUCAGUGCUGACUUUGACAAUUUCAGGAAAAGGACAGAGAGAGAGAGACUUUCUCUGAUGACAAAUGUGCAAGGUGAAGUAAUAGAGAGUUUAUUGCCUGUGUUAGACAGCUUCGAAAGAGCUAAAUCACAAAUAAAGGUGGAAAGUGAGGAAGAAGAGAAAAUUAACAACAGCUAUCAGAGCAUUUAUAAGCAGUUCAUGGAGAUCUUGGCAUCUCUUGGUGUGGAGGCCGUCGAAACUGUUGGGUGUCCAUUUGAUCCAUUGCUUCACGAGGCGAUAGUGCAGGAGGAAUCAUCUGAGUAUGAGGAGGGCAUCAUAAUCCAAGAAUUCCGUAAAGGGUUCAGACUUGGGGAAAGGCUGUUGCGCCCGUCAAUGGUGAAGGUCUCUGCAGGUCCAGGCCCAGAAAAGGGGGGAGACGGUGUUGUCGCGGCAUCAGACAAUGGUGAAGAAAGUGAAAACAUUGAGGAUGAUGAAGAUUCCGAGUAAAUUGCAAAAUUAAAUUUCUGCCCAAAAGCUAAACUUAUUCAACAAACAGAUGUUGUAAAUUGCGGUUCCAGAAUCUUGCAAGUUUUUCAUUUGUUGAGAAAAAAUGGGAUAACUUUAUGCUGCAUUGUAAGUUUUGAAGUGAAAGUUCAGCUAAUUAUCAUUUAUACUCUUUAAGCAA